CUUCCCUCUAGAAUCCUCCAACAUGGAGCCUCUUGCAGCUUACCCGCUAAAAUGUUCCGGGCCCAGAGCAAAGGUAUUUGCAGUUUUGCUGUCUAUGGUUCUAUGCACAGUAACGCUAUUUCUUCUACAACUAAAAUUCCUCAAACCUAAAAUCAACAGCUUUUAUGCCUUUGAAGUGAAGGAUGCAAAAGGAAGAACUGUUUCUCUGGAAAAGUAUAAAGGCAAAGUUUCACUAGUUGUAAACGUGGCCAGUGACUGCCAACUCACAGACAGAAAUUACUUAGCGCUGAAGGAACUGCACAAAGAGUUUGGACCAUCCCACUUCAGCGUGUUGGCUUUUCCCUGCAAUCAGUUUGGAGAAUCGGAGCCCCGCCCAAGCAAGGAAGUAGAAUCUUUUGCAAGAAAAAACUACGGAGUAACAUUCCCCAUCUUCCACAAGAUUAAGAUUCUAGGAUCUGAAGGAGAACCUGCAUUUAGAUUUCUUGUUGAUUCUUCAAAGAAGGAACCAAGGUGGAAUUUUUGGAAGUAUCUUGUCAACCCUGAGGGUCAAGUUGUGAAGUUCUGGAGGCCAGAGGAGCCCAUUGAAGUCAUCAGGCCUGACAUAGCAGCUCUGGUUAGACAAGUGAUCAUAAAAAAGAAAGAGGAUCUAUGAGAAUGCCAUUGCAUUUCUAAUAGAACAGAGAAAUGUCUCCGAGAGGGUUUGGUCUCAUUUUAAACACUUUUUUUUGGAGACGGUGUCUCACUCUGUUGCCCAGGCUGGAGUGCAGUGGUGCGUUCUCAGCUCAUUGCAACCUCUGCCUCUUUAAACAUGCUGUUAAAUGUGGCAAUGAAGGAUUUUUUUUUAAUGUUAUGUUGCUAUUAAGUGGUAAUGAAUGUUCCCAGGAUGAGGAUGUUACCCAAAGCAAAAAUCAAGAGUAGCCAAAGAAUCAACAUGAAAUAUAUUAACUGCUUCCUCUGACCAUACUAAAGAAUUCAGAAUACACAGUGACCAGUGUGCCUCAAUAUCUUAUUGUUCAACUUGACAUUUUCUAGGACUGUACUUGAUGAAAAUGCCAACACACUAGACCACUCUUUGGAUUCAAGAGCACUGUGUAUGACUGAAAUUUCUAGAAUAACUGUAAAUGGUUAUGUUAAUGUAAUAAAACACAAAUGUUGAAAAAUGUAAAAUAUAUAUACAUAGAUUCAAAUCCUUAUAUAUGUGUGCUUGUUUUGUGUACAGGAUUUUGUUUUUUCUUUUUAAGUACAGGUUCCUAGUGUUUUACUAUAACUGUCACUAUGUAUGUAACUGACAAAUAUAAAUAGUCAUUUAUAAAUGACCGUAUUAUAACAUUUGAAAAAGUCUUCAUCAUUUUCAGUAUUUCUCUCUGCAUUAUUUUUUAGAAGCAACUCAAAUUCUGUAAUCAUAAUAUUACCAAGUAAGUCAGUCUUUAUUUUUGCGUGAAAAUCUCAAGUGUAGAAAAAAGGACAUGAGUAUAAGAUCAUUUAGCUUGAUUCCUUAUAGGCUGAUUUGGGUUGCUAAUGUAUUCAUACUAGAUUAGGCACUUGGAAGGAAUUCAGUGCUGCAUCAUUCUGAUAGCUGAAAUAGUAAAAAUCAACUCCAAACAGCCUAAACUCUAGUAUAAACAGGGGGUGAUCAUACAAGUCCUAAAGUGUAGAUCAGCAGUCACUGAACCUCUUAGAGUCACAAAGGCAUUUUUUCUCCCAAAGUCAUGGCCUUUAUAUUUUGUUAACCUUAUAAUUGACUAACAAAGCAACCUGCCAAGUUGGUGAAGGUUAAUUAUUGCCUCAUGAAAUAUACAUUCAUCGCAUAAAAGAAUUAAAUAGGAAGAUGGCCAAAAAUGUAAAAAAGUUAUAUAAAUUUGUCUAAGAAGAAAAAGACCCAAUUUAAGUAGUCUGUGACUUGACUCCCAAAUUCUGACCUGAUGGAUGAAAGUGAAGAUGUUUCUUAUGGUGAAUUCAGUAAUGCUACCUCAGUAUAUAGUUCUGUAUACGUAUUUGGACCAAAGUUCUUAGAUAAACCAAAAAUAUUUCAUGAAGCAUCUUCUGCUUCAGAGUACAUAUCCAGCCACCCAGCUAUGAAUGUAUUUAGAAAGAUACUUGGUGGAGGUGGAAUUUCUACCAGAGGUCAAGAGGAUUUGUAGAGAUAGCCUCAAGAAUGCCAGAUGAGUGUGUCAGCAAGCCUGCUCCUACCUCUCGCCAGCUGCGUGACUUUAGGCAAGUCACUUAAGUACCUUAUUUCAGUUUCCUCACCUGUAAGUUGAACAGGGGUUGAAUGGAAUAAAAAGCCCUUUGCAACUCUAAAAGUCAAUUAACACACAACAACCUGGAUUGACUCUAAAAGUCAAUUAACACAUAACAACCUGGAUUGUUAGCAAAGAAAACAGAAGCCACCAAGUCUAUCUGUCCUUUGCAAUUUUGCCUCAAGAGCCUAUUAGCAAUUUGCAUUCUAAGCCUCUAAGAAAACUUUUGUUCAGGUGGCCCCUCCAAGCGUUGCUGCCAGAGCACUCUUGCCUUGUAUCACCACCUAUGCCUUCCAUGAGCUCAUAGCAGUGCUGUGGCACUGCAGGGUUGUUUAAUGCGUUCACGUUAGGGGCAUGAGCAGAACUACAUAUGCCAGCACCACAUGGGCAGCAGAGACUCCCCACUGCCAGAUGGAUGAUAAUGGAGCUGCACUGGGAACAACCAGGACUGCCCCAGUCAACAUGAUACAGAUGAACGUCCUGCCUUAAGUCACUAGUUCUCUCCAAAGCCAGAUAAAGUGGGUUUCUUCACUUACAUCUCUCUAAUCUUGGUUGCCUUAUUCAACCUACAGACUCUAUGUCAGAGCUGGAUUUUCUCCCCUUGCCCUUUAGGUUAGCAGAGUAGGCAGGAGGAGAUUUGAAAGCGUGUCAUACGUAUUACCUUGAAAGAAAGGACAUUCAGGUGUCCCUUCGGGGUUCUGUAACAAUUAGGCUAUGUGUGCUGAGACAGGGAGUGGAGUCAUUUGCGGAUGUGCUGCUACCUGUAACUCAAAUGCCUCAUAGGAAUACCAGCGGACAAACACACAGAGGAAAAGCUGAAUCUUUCCUAUAUUGGACAAUCUUCCUUCAGUCUUGUUUCUGCAUCAAAAAUUCUGGGACACAGAGUGCUACAGGAUGCCUGGGCUAAGGACUGUAACAGAAAAAUAUCAACAUCAGAGCCUGGCGCGGUGGCUCACGCCGGUAAUCCCAGCACUUUGGGAGGCCAAGGUGGGCGGAUCACUUGAGGUCAGGAGUUCAAGACCAUCCUGGCCAACAUGGUGAAACCCCAUCUCUACUAAAAAUACAAAUAUUAGCCGGGCAUGGUGGCACGUGCCUGUAAUCCCAGCUACUUGGGAGGGUGAGGCAGAAGAAUCACUUGAAAACAGGAGGCUGAGGUUGCAAUGAGCCAAGAUCGCACCACUGCACUCCAACCUGGGCAACAGACCGAGACCCCAUCUCAAAGACCCUGUCUCAAAAAAAAGAGAAAAAGAAAAAGAAAAAUAUCAGGCAUCACAUGAAAGAGUAUUCAGCUGUUGUCCUUGUGAAAAAGGAAAAGGACAAAAUCAAAUGCAUUUUCACUGUGGUAACUAAUUCACUGACUUGAAGUUUGCUUUGUUUGUUUUCUUUGGUACAUAGAGAAGAAUACUUCAUACUAACUCCUGAUCAUCUUACAGCAGACAUAACAACAGAGUGUUAGAGAUUCGAAUAAAUAUGAAUUUGCCUGAAA